AUGAGUAACGACACCCUAACUGAGUCUAGGAGCAAGACGACAGGAAAGUCAGAUGAGCACCCCAAUCUGUGGAUAGAGCGCUUCUUCAGCCGGAGAUGCUGCAUCACCUUCCUGACUGGCUGCUACAGCUGCCACUGGCAAUACAGAGAGUGGGAGAAAACUGAACUUGGAUCCUGUUGCUGCUCCUGGAGAGAACAGUUUUUUUAUGUGUGCCUGGUGGUAGCAUUCGUCCUGUCUGCAAUUUUCCUGUUUGUGUGGGUUGAAACCUCUAACGAGUACAACGGCUUUGACUGGGUUGUUUAUCUAGGGGCAAAACGCUGGUUCUUGUGGUCCAUUUUUAUGUUGAGUACAGCCGGGAUCCUGACUGCCUACACGUCCUUGCUUUUGUUACUCAGCUUUCUUUUACUCUGGGAAAGGAUUGAACUAUAUCUGCAUACGUGUCAUAAGGUCUUCAUUUUCCUGGUGAUCCUACUGUGCUCCUUCUUACUGUGUGUUCUGAACCGAUACUGGAGGGACAAGUGGCUGAUAGCUGGGCUGUCUCUGCAGAUCUUUGCUCCCUUUCUGCACCUGAGCCUCAUAACUGUGAUGAUUCUCCUUUCCUGGCCCCUAGCCAUCGGUGUGGCCCACUUGGAAUCAGAAGUUAGAAUAAGAAGAUACAGAAUGGCAGGUUACGAGCAUGAAGUCCUGGAGACAUGUAAUAUAUUCACAAGGUUAAAAGCUCUACAGGUAGCUGCUGGACUCCCCUUCCUUAUCAUUCUUUUGUGUCUGUACUUGAUGCCGCUGGGGAUUUACUCUCCCUGCAUUCUGAAGAAGGAGAAUUUAGGGCCUAAGCCUACCUUCUUUGGACACAGAGGCGCACCUAUGCUGGCGCCAGAGAAUACCAUGAUGUCCUUUGAGAAGGCCGUGGAACAUGGUGCCUCCGGCCUGGAGACUGAUGUAUACUUAAGCUAUGACGACGUGCCUUUCCUCAUGCACGACUAUGACCUGAGCAGAACAACCAACAUCAGAGAGGUCCUGCCCUCGGCCGCCUUCAACCACACUGCCACCUUCAACUGGACUUUCCUGUCGACUCUAAAUGCUGGCAAGUGGUUUAUAAAGUAUAAGCCAUUUUUUGGCAUGAAACCUUUAUCAGAGGCUGAUAAAAGAAGAGCAAGCAACCAAUCAAUUCCAUCGUUGGCUGAGUUAUUGGAACUUGCAAAAAAUGAAAAAAAGUUUGUAAUAUUUGAUCUUUUCGGCCCUCCACCGAAGCAUCCUUUCAGAAACACGUUUGUUCGAAGAGUGGUCAAGGUCAUCCUUGACUCCAACAUCGAACAGCGUCUGAUACUUUGGUUGCCAGGUUACGACAGAGACUAUGUCAGGGUCAAGGCUCCUGGUUUCCAGCACGUGGGCCGUUUAAGAACCCUUGAGGAGCUUGCUAAAGAGAAUAUGACGAUAAUAAAUGUUGACUAUAAGAGGCUGUUCUACCGGGGGAUGAGACAGUAUCAGGCAGCUAAAAUCCACAUCAAUAUGUACAUUGUCAACGAGCCUUGGCUCUUCUCAUUGGCCUGGUGCUACCGCAUCAACUCUGUGACCACAGACAACAUCCAGGUCCUGAACCAGCUCAGUCACCCUCUCUUCUUCAUGACUCCAGGAUACUAUACGUUCAUAUGGCUUUUCAUGGUCAUUGCCUCUGCAGUUAUCAUUGGUGUUGUAUUUUAUUAUCACUGGGUGAAAGAGCUUAAGAAAGAGAGGUGGCUCAAAGACGCUACCAGCGCAUCUGCAGGUAAAGUCAGAAGCCUUGUUCGCUCCUUCCUUUGUCCCCAACCGGCCUCAGCAAGACAGGUCCUGCUCUUCAUCUCUGCCCUGAUGAGAGCAGAGGGCGGGGAUGUUGAGAGCAAAAACCUCCCAAAAGGAGAAUCUGAGAUUCAAGGAGCUUCACAGUUACCUAAAAAGCCUCCUGCCCGAGCAGUGAGAAGCCCGUGGACCUCAGAAGUCCACUAUGAAAGCUCCGCCAGCCGUGGGAAGAACCCCCCAGGCACUUCCCAUUUUGCCCAAGCCCCCAACGAGAGACCAGUGCCAUUCAAGAACACAGUUAAACCACUAAUGCUCACUGGGAGCUUUCAACACACCCAAACACCCACCAGGGAGCCUUCCUCAGAAACCACACUGUCUAUCCUGAAGGAGGACGAACUGGGAGGAGCCUUCCUAGAGGACUCCCAUGCCAAAACUGACCGAAAGACUCCUGUGUCAAGACUCCUCUGA